GAAGGGGGUGAAGGAAUGCAAGUCACACUUCACCGGACCUUAUUAGCAACACGGUCAGUUGUCAGAGCCUUUCCGCCCCCACCUACAACAUUGAUUACACCCGUCCAGCAGGUACUAAGCUGUCGUCUUCAGCUGAAAGCUCACGCCUGCUGCUACCGCCUUCAGCAGUUACUUAUUGAUCUGAGAACACCAGCAGACAUGGUGUUGGAGUGGGCCGGAAAGACGCUGGGAUGUGGAGGUUCUAUCCUCCUGGUCCUCUUCCUCCUCCUUCUCCUGCUUUUCUUCUUCGCUCCAGGAAGACGACCUCACAACUUUCCUCCAGGGUUGCCAAUGUGGCCGUUGGUGGGUUCGCUCCUGCACAUGCGCGGAGGACCAACUAGAGAGACACUACAGAACCUAAAGAAAUAUGGCAACAUGGCAAGCUUUGGCAUCUUUGGCACCAGGUUUGUGUUGGUGAGCGGGAUGUCAACAUUGAAGGAAGUCUUCUCCCACAAGAACACCAGCGGACGACCAGACAUGUUCAUCACUACCCUAAAGAACUACAUCAUCACAGACGGACAAGACUCCCAUGUAGGAAUCAAUGGUUCGAAUGGCGAGCGAUGGCAGGAACAGCGACGGUUCGUCCUGCGGCACCUGAGGGACCUCGGCUUCGGCAAGACCAGCUACGAGCCCAUGAUGAUGGACGAGGUGGUCGAGCUCAUGGAGCACAUCCAACAGGAGAAGGGGAAGCCCCUCCCCAUGAAGAAUUUCUUCAACCGGUCUGUUGUGAACGUGUUGUGGGGGAUGGUGAUGGGGAAGAGGUUCUCCUACGACGACGCCAAGUUAGCCAAGCUCCUCAAGACCUUCUUACAGCUGGCAGACUUCAACCUGCUCGAUCCCCUCCUCUUCAUCCCUGGGAUGAUGUGGGCUAUGAUGUACAUUCCCAUCUUGAAGGAGAGUAUUACGCCAAUCAAGAAGGUCAAUAAAUUCUUGAAGGAUGAAUUGCGAGAUUUUAUGGCGGAUAAAGACUUAGUCUCCGGCAAUUCCUUGGCAGCUGUUUAUCUCCAAGAAAUCAAGAAUCGUGGCGACGAACAGUCACACUUCAACAUGAACCAGCUGAAGGCGGUCAUAACAGAGAUGUUUUUGGCCGGGAUGGAGACCACCUCCACCACCCUGACGAUGGCGAUCUACCUUAUGGCCAAGCACCCGGCCGUCCAGCAGCGGGUCCAACAGGAGCUGGACUCGGUUGUGGGCAACGGUAGACUACCAAGCUUCUCCGAUAUGGACAAGCUGCCCUACACCAAGGCCGCCAUUCAUGAGAUACAGAGAGCCUUCAACAUGGUGCCCUUCUCUCUGCCUCAUGCUGCUCUGGAGGACUGCAUCCUUGCUGGCUACCACAUUCCCAAAGGGACGGUGCUCUUGGGUAACCUUGACGAUGCCCUCUCGAACCUUGAGCUGUGGAAGAACCCAAAGGCGUUUGACCAUGAGAACUUCCUCGAUGACAGUGGCGAGUUUGUCAAGAACGAGGCCUUCAUUCCCUUUGGCAUAGGAAAGCGACAGUGUGCAGGAGAACCUCUGGCCCGGAUGGAGCUCUUCCUCUUCUUAUCCUGCCUCUUGCAGCGCUUCUUCUUCACUGUUGUGGAGGAGGAACCCGGCCGCACCGACAACCCCAACUUUAAAGCCACCCCCAACUACACCGCCAUGGCUCGCCUCAGGUUCCCUCUGUAUCUGGUUUCUUUUUACUGCAAUUAUGAACUGAAAGCUCACGUCUGCUGCUACCGUCUUCAGCAGUUACCUACCGAGCAGACAACACCAGCCGACAUGGUGCUGGAGUGGGUCGGGGAGACGCUGGGGUGUGGAGGGUCUAUCCUCCUGGUCGUCCUCUUCCUCCUUCUUUUCUUCUCUUCGGGAAGGCGACCCCAAAAUUUCCCUCCAGGGUUGCCAAUGUGGCCAUUGGUGGGUUCACUCCUGCACAUGCGCGGAGGACCAACUAGGCAGACACUUCAGAACCUGAAGAAGAAAUAUGGCAACAUGGCAAGCUUUGGCAUCUUUGGCACCAGGUUUGUGCUGGUGAGCGGGAUGUCAACAUUGAAGGAAGUCUUCUCCCACAAGCACUCCACCGGACGACCAGACAUGGUCAUCACUACCACCAGGAACUACCUCUUAACCGAAGGACGUGACCUCUAUGUAGGGAUCAUAGGGUCGAGUGGCGAGCGAUGGCAGGAACAGCGACGGUUCGUCCUGCGGCACCUGAGGGACCUCGGCUUUGGCAAAACUAGCUACGAGCCCAUGAUGGUGGACGAGGUGUCGGAGCUGAUGAAUCACAUCCAGCAGCAGAAAGGAAAACCCCUCCACAUGAACAAAUUCUUCAACCGGUCUGUGGUGAACGUGUUGUGGGGGAUGAUGAUGGGGAAGAGGUUCUCCUACGACGACGCCAAGUUAGAAAAGCUCCUCAAGACCUUCUUCCAGCCAGUCGACUUCAACUUGCUUGAUCCCCUCAUCUUCAUCCCUGGGAUGACAUGGGCUAUCAUGUAUAUUCCUAUUCUGAGGGAGAAUCUUACCUCACUCAAGGAUAUCAUUAAGUUUAUGAGGGACGAAUUGCGAGAUUUUAUGGCUGAUAAAGACUUAAUCUCCGGCAAUUCAUUGACGUCUGUUUAUCUCCAAGAAAUCAAGAAUCGUGGCGACGAACAGUCACACUUCAACAUGGACCAGAUGGCGGCGGUGGUGACGGAGAUGUUCGUGGCUGGGAUGGAGACCACCUCCAGCACCCUGACGAUGGGAAUCUACCUGGUAGCCAAGCACCCGGCCAUCCAGCAGCGAGUUCAGCAGGAGCUGGACUCGGUUGUGGGUAACGAUAGACUACCAAGCUUCUCCGAUAUGGACAAGCUGCCCUACACCCAGGCCACCAUUCAUGAGAUACAGAGGACCUUCAACCUGGUGAUCUUCUCUCUGCCUCACGCUGCUCUGGAGGACUGCACGCUUGCUGGCUACCACAUUCCCAAAGGGACGGUGCUCUUGGCUAACGCUGACGAUGCCAUGUCGGAUCCUCAGCUGUGGAAAAACCCAAAUGCGUUUGACCCUGGGAACUUCCUCGACGACAGUGGCAAGUUCGUCAAGAACGAGGCCUUCAUUCCCUUUGGCAUAGGAAAGCGACUGUGCACAGGAGAACCUCUGGCCCGGAUGGAGCUCUUCAUCUUCUUCUCCUGCCUCUUGCACCGCUUCUCCUUCACUGUUGUGGAGGAGGAACCCGCCCGCAUCGACAACCCCACCUUCAACACCACCCCAAAGUACACCGCCAUGGCUAGCCUCAGGUCCCCUCUGUAGCUCUUCUACCUGCUGUGGCAAAUUUGCUGUGACAAAUAUACGGCUUUAGCAAGAUUACUGUUGAGGAAAAUACACGUGUUCUCGUGGAUAAAUUGAGUCUGACUCAUCACCCAACAGCGGGCAAGGGUUCAAUUCUUCGAAGAUUUCAUCGAGAGUGUUGUUUAUUGAUAAUAGAGAUUUAUACAGUCUCACGGUGCAUUACUGUAUUAAAUACAGGCACAUGGGGCGUUGUUAUUUUGAAGAGAGACUCAUGGGGGUUGCUGUAUUGAAUACAAGGAGAGCCAGCAUUAUUAAAGUAUUGCAGUGA